AUGAUGAGCCGGAACGUCUUCUUUCUCGGUAAGUCACUAGAGUGGGUCCGAACAAACAGUAUAGGAAAUCGUAUAGACAGCGAUUAGUACACCAACGUUUUUUUUUCAGUUUUCCUCUCGGUCUUGCUCAUCUCGAGCUCCGAAGCUCUCCGUGGCGCUCUCUUCCGAUCGGGACGUAGCCUUUACCAACGCCAAAACGCUAACGCGAUCUCGCUCACUCAACCACACGUUUUCUCUUCUGACAAACGGUCCCCGGUGAGAUACUCAAGAUAACUGAAAUCUGAUUAAAACUAUUUUUUCAGAUACUGGAAGUGUACCCCCUGGUCGAUUCAGCAAACUCGGAACCGGAAGUCUACCCGAAAUACUUCAGAAUCUAA